AUGUCCCUUUCUCCAUCUCCACGACCACCACCGACUGAAGUCUCAUCUUCAGACUUGAAAGCUCUCGUUGAUUCACGUCUCACAAAGCCCAAAUUCGGUUUCCUGCGACCUAAAAGACGCAGCACGUCCUCGGUCCAAUCUAGUUCAUCACCCAGCCUCGCUACCACCCAACUUUUUCCACCACCGGGCUCCGAUGCGGUAAUUGACGUCGGCCCUUCCUCAAACUAUUCCAUUGACGAUGAACAAUACCGCUGGGCUGUAGUUUUUGAGAACCAAAGAGGUCUCAGAAUCGGCUCAUCCCUCUACUUUUCCCGGUCUUCUCUUCUACCGAUAGAUCCUCUGCCAUUCACCGCUCCUGAUGCCGACCCUCGUCGAUCUCGACAACCAAACUUCACUCUGGCGAUGUAUCCUCUCCCUGAUGGCGCAUGGGCAUGGUUGUCUCCCUGGAUGGUGGAUAUGCGCUCGGACUCUGGAGAGGUACAGCUAGACGGCUUCGAAUACAAUUGGGCUUUCCGAGAACAUAAAUGGCACCCUCAGGCUGGAGCUUUCAGUUGGGUCAGGCGGAGGCGAUGGAUGCGUCUGAUGGUCCGACCGGUCACGCCACAGCUUUCAAAAACCACGGAAUCAUCUACUCCUCUCAGUGUUCCAAAUAGCGUCUCAAACAGCGCUGUCAAGAAGCGAAUGUCGAUGCUGUCGUCUGGGUCUCCUUCCAUGCCAGAGAGCAACGCAGAAGACGAUUCGUAUUCCGCUUCUAUGCUUGAGAGAGAGUUGGAACUCAUUUGGAUGGACGACAAUGCCGAGGUGAACUGGGAUAGAUGCCGUUUCGCGACGAGAUGUGCGGGACGGGAUGGUCGCAUCCUCGAGUUGUGGGCGAGAUGGCUGGGCUACACGCCACCUGAGGGCACCAAGCGGAAUCCAAAGAGGCAAUGGACGGAAGACGAUGAUGAUAUUCCAUGCCCUGCGGUCCCUGAUCCGGUUUCUGUCCCUCAUACACCUCCGCCAAUAGCCCAUAUCAUCCCUGUCCUGCGCGAACAUACCCAUGCGAUUCUUCAGUCCUUCAUAUUCCCCGAGUCUCGGGCCAAGUUUGUGAAGAUGCUCGAUACUGUGGGCGUUUUGUCGCAACUGGAAACAGGAAUCCGCUCGAUUUCUUCCGAGGUCAACUUCUUCAGCUACUUGAAUCCCAGCACCGAGAAGAACGAUGGAAACAUAAUCCCGCCCAAAGCAGCCAUGACACGGGUGUGAUAAGCCAGUCAUAACUUAUUCGAUUGGUCGCAACACCGACGGCCGGGUUCGACAUCAACCCUAGGUACACACCCAAUUGGUUUGCUGUCCCGUAGUCUAAUACCCUUGUAUAAUAAUAUACCUACCACCUUCGUUAUCCGGCGCUUCGUACGUCUUCGUACAGCGCCGGUGCACACAAACCAUGUAUUCAGCCAUCAAAUUAUAUCACAUGCUUGAUGUCGCGCUUCA